AUGGAUCAGGGCAGAACUGAACGAUUCCAAGCCAUCUAUCUACUUUUGGCGGCAAGUAUAAGCGCCAAGUUCGAGUUUACGAACGUUAAAUGUGUGCCGUAUGACCUAAAGUUUAACGAUUUUGAACAUUGCUAUUUGAAAUCGGUAAAUCGAACCUACAAAUAUGUGUCCUUAAAAUGCAGACUGUUUCAAACUCCAGUCACCAAAGUCAGGUUAUCUUUGUUUAAACGAUUUAAUGGCUAUAGACCCUUCAUGUAUAAUGUGUCGGUGGAUGUCUGCAAGUUCCAAUUAAAUCGGAAUGUGAACCCUAUAAUGAAAUUCUUUUAUGACGUCGUUGCGCCUUAUUCGAAUAUUAAUCACACGUGUCCCUUCAAUGAGGAUCUUGUAUUUGAAAAGUUGCCGAUUGACUUUCUAAAUCAUCGGUUCACUGAUGUUCUUCCCUUUCCCGAAGGCGAUUACCUGGUGGAAACCAACUGGAUAGCCUACGAUAUUACAAGAGCCGUAGUUAAAUUCUAUGGAACCCUUUCAUAG